AUGGAUAAUCUAUUGGGUAAGCGAAAGCCUGAAGAUGGUGAUUUGGAGACAGAACGGACUCUGAAGAAGCCUAAGGACGUAACCAUGAAAGGAAUUGCUGAUACUCUCCAGCAGAUCAAAAGAAGGCUCGACUUGUUAGAGUCAAAGUUUGAUCAAGCUAAUUUUAUCUCACUUAAUAAAGACACAGUGGAAGGAUUUGAUGAAAUUCACGAUUUUGUUGAGGAAGUUGUCGAACCAAAAAAGACGCUCUUUAUUGCCAAUCUCUCUGACAACAUAAGAAUAUUAGAUAUCAUCGUUUUCUUCAAAAAUGUUGGAGAAGUUGUUCGUGUUCAACUUCUUCUAGACAGCAAGAACAAGCGUGUGGGUUGUGGCUUUGUUGAGUUUGCUUCUGCUAACGAAGCAAAGAAGGCGCUACAAGAGAAGAACGGUGAAUAUUUGCACGAUCGUGAGAUUACUCUUGAUGUGGCUAAUAAGGGAGAUACAUACCGUCCACCCAAGUUCGAAGACUACCUUCAACGAGAAAGCCUUCCCAUAGAAGAAGAUGAGACACCUUCCGAAUUUACUGAGAAAGUACUCAUUGUUGCCAGUCUCUCUCCGCAAACAACUAAAACAUCAGAAAUCAUUUAUUUCUUCAAAGAUGUUGCAAAAGUUGUUAGUGUUCAACUUAUUGUAGACCAUGAAGGUAAACAUGUGGGCUAUGCCUUUGUUGGGUUUGCUUCUGCUAACGAAGCAAAAGAGGCGAUGGAAAAGAAGAAUGGUAAAUAUUUGCACGAUCAUAAGAUUUUUUUGAUGAAAGGAGUCGAUGAAACUCCCGAUCCUGCUGAGGUAGCUGCCGUAAGAAGUAAGUCUCUCUUUGUUUCAAGUUGCCCCGACUACUUUGGAAUAUCAGAUAUCAUUAAUUUCUUCAAAGAUGUUGGAAAAAAGGUUGUUCGUGUUCGACUUAAUGUAAACCGCAAGGGAAAGUAUUAUGGGAGUGGCCUUGUUGAGUUUGCUUCUGCUGACGAAGCUAACAAGGCACUAAAGAAGAACGGUAAAUAUUUACACAAUGACAAGAAUAAAGUUGAUGUCUUUAGGCCAGCUCCUUGCCAAUGGAUUCAGUCCCCAUCCAUGUAA